AGCACUAGUGAGCAUCCCUCAUUGUCAGGGAUCACAGGAGAAAGUCCUCACCUUCAUCUUCUGGAGUCUGGUGCGGUUCUCGCUGUCCUGCAGACAUGACACUUCACCUGCGUCUGCUUGCUGCUAUUGUGGCUGCAUCCCUCCUGCAUUUUGUGAUGCCGGCCAACUUAAAUGAAACGACCUAUUUUGUGACUGUCAGCUCACGUCUAACAGCAGGAAACCAGGAAACUCUCUGCGCUCUGAUCCAAAACCCCACAGAACCCGUUAGCUUAAACAUCACUUUAGAUUUGGAUUCUUCCAGUAUCACGAUUACGGAGCAGUCUGUCCAAAAUAACUUCUACCGCUGCUUCCAGUUUCUGGUCCCUAUAGUGUCCAGUGAAACUGUGGCAUCCAUCAGUGUGAAAAUUGAAGGUGAGGAAGACUCAAUGAGCAAGGACACCAAAGUCCUGAUUGAACCGCCAGCUUUUGUCCACAUCGUUCAGACUGACAAACCCAUCUACAAGCCUGGACAGACUGUCCAAUUCCGGAUUGUUUCCAUGGAUACCAACUUCAUGCCCGUCAACCGCACGUACACAGAAGUGACCAUUGAGGAUCCCAACUCAAACCGCAUCGCCCAAUGGUUGGACAAGAACGUUGACGGAGGUAUUCUUGACCUUUCUCACCCCACCAUUCCGGAAGCAGCACAAGGAAUCUACGUGAUCUCUGCGGAGACAGAUGAAGGAGAAACGAUUUCCUACAACUUUGAGAUCAAAGAAUAUGUUUUGCCAAAAUUUGAAGUAACUGUAAACCUGCCCAGUGUGAUCACUAUCCUGGAUAAAGAGGCAAAAAUGAAGAUCUGCGGAAAAUACACAUAUGGGAAACCAGUGGUGGGCUCAGUCAAAGCAGAAUUUUGCAGACGUUCCUACCAAUUUAUUUGGUUUUCACUUUCAGAACAAAAAGACAUCUGCAAAACAUUUCAACUCACUACAGACAAAAGUGGAUGCGCCACACAAACUGUAGAAUUGGCAGACUUUGCCCUUGAUUCAUACGGGUUUCAAGACACCUUUGAGGUAACGACUGAGUUGGAGGAGUUUGGCACAGGAGUCAUUCUUAAAGGCAGUGGAAGUGCCAGCUUCACUACUCAGAUCAGAACCAUCUCCUUUGAGGACGUACCUUCUUCUUUUAAGCCAGGGCUCCCACUCAAUGGAAAGAUCAAAGUGGUUGGUGCAGAUGACAGUCCCAUUGCACACCAAGAGGUCUACUUAUCAGUUCAAGACUCACAGGAGUUCAUUCUCAAAACGGACCUAAAAGGCAUAGCUAGGUUUUCUCUGGACACAUCCUCUUGGUCGCUGUCAGUCUCUCUGUCGGCAACCACCAUAAGAAGAAAUACUAAUGAAAAAGCGGUUUCUGGAGACCGGCUUCCAUUCUAUGGGACGGCCUACCACUAUGUUGCAAGAUUUUACUCCAAAAGCAAGAGCUUUGUGGAGUUUGAUGAAGUCAUCAAAAAUCUGCCAUGCAAAAAAAAUGGAUCCCUGCAGGCUCGGUACAUCAUUCAAGGGGAUGAUCUGGCGGAAGGACAGAAGGACCUCAAAUUCUUUUACCUGGUGGAGUCCAAAGGUUCUAUUGUGCAGCAUGGCACUGUCUCAGUGGUGGUUGAAGAUGGAACUGUCAACAAAGGAAAGAUAAAGAUCCCCCUCACCAAUGUGAUCGACCUGGCUCCAAUUGCCCAGGUGGUGGUUUACACCAUAGUGUCAAGUGGAGAAGUUGUUGCAGACAGCCGGGACUUCCCCAUUCAGCUUUGCCUCAACAACAAGGUGUCCUUGAAGUUCUCGGCUGUCCAGGAGCUUCCAGGAGCAAAGACCACAUUGACUCUGCGGGCUCAGCCCAGCUCCCUCUGCUCUGUCAGAGCCAUUGACCAGAGCGUCCUCCUUCUCAAGUCAGAGGAGGAGCUCACGGUUGACUAUGUCUACAACCAGCUGCCCAUCAAGAAAAUGUCGGGAUAUGACUAUCAGGUUGAGGACAACUCCUUCAAUCCCUGCUUUCCUAGACCAUGGCCAAGACCGAUUCCACUGGAGCCCGAAUUCCAGCCCAGAGGUCGUCGUGAUAAGCGUGCAAGCAUUUUUCCCUUUUAUGAGGGUGAUGAUGUUUACACCAUCUUCAAGAACAUUGGAAUCAAAAUCGUUACAAACUCGGAUGUGAGAAAACCCACACCUUGCUUUUUAUUCAAAUUUCAUGGAGGAGCUUUAGCUAAAGCUGAUCUUGCCCCUGCCCCUGAGCAGAUGUCUUCAAAUACUGAUGUGCAACCUUCAGAUACUCAGAAAAAAGAGACUGUGAGGACGUACUUUCCUGAAACCUGGAUCUGGGACCUUGUUUCUGUGGGAUCCAACGGCUCAACCAGUUUGGUGAAGACCGUCCCUGACACCAUCACUAAGUGGGCAGCCGGAGCUUUCUGUGUGUCUCCUGCUGGCUUUGGCGUUGCUCCCAACGUUGGACUAACAGCCUUCCAGCCGUUCUUUGUCAGCCUCACUCUGCCCUACUCUGUCGUCAGAGGAGAGGUGUUCACUCUCAAAGCCACCGUCUUCAACUACCUCCCCAAAUGCAUCAUGGUGAAGGCAACUCUGGCCAACUCUGAUCAGUUCACCUUCAAGAACUGUGACGGCUGCGUCUACAGCAGUGUGUGUCUGUGUGCAGAGGAGAGCAAGACCUUCUCCUGGAUCGUGACGCCAACUGCUCUAGGUGAUGUGACUCUGAAGGUUAGCGCUGAGGCUGAGAAGAGCAACAAGAAAUGUGGCAAAGGGGUGGUCACAGUCCCCACCGUGGGUCAGGUCGACACUGUGAUUACCACGCUGCUGGUAGAGGCUGAAGGAGUCCCACAGAUGGUCAGCCACAACGCUCUCCUGUGUCCCGCAAAAGGACCAGUGAGUAAAAAUAUCUCUCUUGAGCUUCCCGAAGAUUUUGUGAAUGGAUCAGAGAGAGCCUCUGUGUCUGUUGUGGGUGAUCUGAUGGGCCGGGCCAUGAAGAACCUAGACAAACUCUUGGCCAUGCCGUAUGGCUGUGGAGAACAAAACAUGUUGCUGUUUGCUCCAAACAUCUUUAUCCUUGACUACCUGAAGAGCACUGGUCAGCUGAAAGAGUCAACUCGGAAGACGGCUGUGGGAUACUUGGAGAGCGGAUAUCAGAGGGAGCUCAACUACAAGCAUGAUGAUGGUUCCUACAGCGCUUUUGGAAUGAGUGACCCAUCUGGAAACACAUGGCUCACUACGUUUGUCAUGAAAUCCUUCAACGCUGCAAAACAGUACAUCUUUGUGGACCAAAUGUACAUCAAAGAAGCCAGAAAGUGGCUGUCUGGACUCCAGAAGCCCGAUGGCUGCAUUCAGUCUGUUGGAAAACUCUUCCACAGCGGGAUGAAGGGGGGAGUGAGUGAUGACGUGUCCCUGACGGCCUACGUUGCUGCUGCCAUGCUGGAGCUGGACGGAAAUGCCACUGAUACCGUCGUUCAGAACUGCCUGGAGUGUGUGAAAACUGCAGUGGCAGAUGAAAUAACCAACCUGUACACAGUCGCCCUGCUGUCCUACACCUUUACCCUGGCUGGAGACCAGGACGUGAGGAGCAAACUCUUCACCCUUCUGGACCAAAAGUCCACAAACGAAGGAGGUACUCGUCACUGGAAGAGAGAUGAUGCUCCUGAAACCGGCCUGGACUCAGUGGAGGUGGAGAUGACGUCCUAUGUGCUCUUGGCUCUGCUCUCCGGUCCAUCUCUGCCAGGCUUUGGUUUGGAUUAUGCCGCCGGCAUCGUGCGUUGGCUCGCUCAACAGCAGAAUCCGUUUGGCGGCUUCUCGUCCACACAGGACACAGUCGUGGCCCUCCAAGCUCUGGCCAAGUAUGCUACUGCCACCUUCAGUCCAGAGGGCAGUACUACAGUCACAGUGACUUCAGUGGGUGGUCUGAACAAACGCUUUACCGUAAAUGAAGAUAACAGACUGCUUUACCAAGAGGAGAAACUGACUGAGAUUCCUGGAGAGUACACAAUUGAAGCUGAGGGUCAGAGCUGUGUGCUGGCACAGAUCUCUUUGUUCUACAACAUCCCCCCUCCUUCCGACUUUUCUGCCUUUCAAAUCUCUACCAACACUAGUGGUCGAUGUGACAUUCCCCGACCAGAGUUCAUGCUCUUUGUGCACGUUGAGUUUCAGGGAAGACGAGAGGAAACCAACAUGGUGGUGAUCAACAUUAAGCUGCUGUCUGGUUACAUUCUGCAGGACAACUCUUUGAAAAUGCUGAAGGAAAACCGCUUGGUGAAGCGUGUGGACGUAGAGGAAGGUUACAUCAACAUCUACCUGGACGGGUUAAAGAAGGGUCAGAAAGAGACUUUCGAUGUGAUCCUGGAGGAGGAUCAGCAGGUCGGAAACCUGAAACCAGCCGUGGUCAAAGUCUACGAUUACUAUCAGACAAGUGAUGAGGCGGUCACUGAUUACACUUCUCCCUGCAAUAAGUAGGUGAAAUGUCUGACAUCCAUCUCCUAGUCAGACGUGAUGGAAAUUGCAGCACUGGAGUAGAUUUCUUAGUCAAAACUUUAGCAAUAACAGGAGUAAAAGUAUCCAAAUAUUGCUGGGUAGAACAAGGUGUGUAUUUUGGCCUGGGUUCGGCGUUUUGAGACUUUUCCUAUUUUGUUGACCCAAGUUUUGUUUUGGAUUUUGUUUUCCUGUUCUCAUCUUCUCACAUGAGUACUCUAUAGUUUGUAAAGGACGAAUUCCUUUUGAUGUUGUGUUUUGAGUGUUGCUUUUACAAUAUAUAAAGACUCAGAACCA